AUGUCGCAAGAAGAGAAUGCACAAGACGCAGUGUCGCAGGAAGAAUUGCCUGUCGACUGGCCCGAAGACAUCGAGUACCUACGCCGACCCAAGAUCUCGCCCGCCGUACCUGCCGUCGCUCUCAAGCUGCUCAACACGCCGACAGCUGCGACUGCCUCUUUCACUCGCUUCUCUGCCGAUGCUCUGAGAUUCCCCAACCCUGACGUCCGUAUCGUCCCUCUCAACGACCCUCAACAUCCUGCCAAUGGCCAGUUCGGUCUCGCUGCCAACAAGCACUUCUAUCCGGGAAAUUUCAUUCUCCCAUACAUUGGUGUCCUCCACACGAACAAUGCAAAGGACACCGACCCCGACUCCGAAUACGACAUCUCGGUAGACAGAGAUCUCGAUCUAGCUCAAGAUGCUGCAAAAUCAGGCAACGAGGCUCGAUUUAUCAACGACUACCGCGGCAUCGCCGACCGGCCCAAUGCAGAGUUCCGUGACAUCUGGGUUCAGACUGGCGAGAGAAAGUGGGAAAGAUGGAUUGGCAUCUUCGUUGUUACGCCAGGCAAGUCUGCCAUGAGGAAGAACGGCAUCACACCAGGAGAGGAGAUUCUUGUCAGCUAUGGCAAGGGCUUCUGGAAGGGCAAGAAGGAGGAAUGGGUCCCGCCGCCAAAGAAGUACACCUGA